AUGGCUGUUAUCGAUAUGCUCGAGGCCCUUCAGUCAGAGCCGGUGCCUGUGCCGGCUCCGACUCCUACUUCGCCUGUCUCUCCUAUUCCGACCGUCAUCCCGGGCGAUACUCCUAUCCUGCAGGAGAUUCACGAUGCUGGAAAGCGCACAUUAUGGGUCGUCACCGUUCUCAUGGCCCUCUCGUCCGUCAUCUUCUACAUUCUCGCCAGCCGGUCGCCCGUACCCAAACGCGUCUUCCACACCCUCAUCGCCCUCACCACCACCAUCUCCUUCCUCGUCUACCUCGCCUUUGCCACCGGCGAAGGCAUCACCUGGAAACACGACCUGAUCCGGCACACGCACAAGCACGUCCCAGACACCUCCACAGACUGGUACCGCCAAGUGCUCUGGCUGCGCUACGUGAACUGGUUCCUCACCGAGCCGCUCACCCUGAUCAACUUGUCCUUCGUCUCCGGUCUGCCCGGCGCUCACCUCCUCGUCGCGGUGGCCGCCGACUACGCGAUGUUGGGCUCCGGCUUGUUCGCGACUUAUGCGGGCCAUACGGCGCGCAGAUGGGUUUGGUUUGCAAUCAGUGCGAUUGCGUACCUGGUGGUUGUGUAUCAGGUCGGUGUGAAUGGUGGCAAGGCGGCCAAGAGAAAGGAUGUGCAGACGAAGAGGUUCUUUGGGGCGUUCUCGGGGGUGGCGUUGUUGGUGAAGGCGUUGUAUCCGAUUGCCCUCGCCGCCGGCCCUCUCGCCUUGAAAGUCAACGUCGAUUCAGAGAGUAUCCUCUUCGCCGUGUAUGAUAUCAUUCAGCAGGGUAUCCUCGGCUACUGGCUGUUGAUUGCGCAUGAUAGUUCGCCUGGAAUAACCCUCUACGUCGACGGCUUCUGGACUAAUGGAAUUGGCAACGAGGGCGCCAUUCGGGUUGGUGAUGAGGAGGGUGCUUGA